AUGGUCCUGCUAUACGUCUACACCACUCUGCCCCUCAAUUCCAUUGUCAGGGUUAUCCACCCUCAUCAGCCAGCCACAAAUAUCGGCAUUGACAGUGCCAACAAGAAGCUCAAGGCCUUACUCUACAAAGAGCCACGAUGGCUUCGUCCGCGCAACGAAAGGGACAUGGGCCGGCGUGUUGCUCAGCUUUCCAACUCCCUGACGAGACUAAAGUUGGCGGAAAUUGCCACUUCCGAUGCCUCGUCUUUGCCAUCCGACGGCACCUCGCGUUACUCGUUCAGCCCAGCUCGUGUCAAGGAGAAAGAAAUCGAGAGCUCGGAGCCGGCUGAUCGGCUUCCAUUCGACGCUCCCGCGGCUUUCAGUCCUGAGCAUGACCGCUUCGAAGGUCCACGCCUCCUUCCGAAUGACGUUGACACAUCAAGAGUCUCGCCUGGACUGGAGGUUGCCACUGACACAUUUGCCGAGGAGAUGGAAGACUCUGACGUAUUCUCCUCGUUUCUCCGGCGCACUACCAGCCUUUCUGCCUCGAGUGGCACAGGCUCGUUUCGACAUAUACUCUCCGGUUAUUCCGGUUCCUAUAUCCAAACAGUUGAGAGACUUGUCAAGGGGUUCGGUGCUCUGCGCAACAAUCGGUCCGGUAUGCAGGAGGAAGUGGAGGCACUAUUAACCCGGCUUGACAACGACGAUGCUCCCCGCGCGUUCGACAGCAAGCACUAUCCUCUGCCGGGCGACUUUCUCUUUCUCGACCGGGAUCUUUUCACCCCGCGGCAAUUGUGUUUGGUUCCAACGGGUGACCAUGACUCCAGGAGAUGUUUGUGCUUCAACCAGUUCGACGAUUAUUCCUCGCCAUGGGUUACUACCGAGGGAAUAACUCCCACAGGUCGCCGACUCCUCGAUGCCGGCGGACCUACCAAUUUGGAAGUAUUCAAUAGCGAUUCUGCUGGAAACACAGCACUGCACUUUCUUGCCGCUCGCGGUUCACUCACAUUGCUGCUGCGCGUCGUUGAGAGUGGUAGAUAUGCUCCCAUUCUCAAUGCGAGAAACACAGGCGGCCAGACAUUUUUGCACGUCCUCAACCAGGAUGAUAUUCAAGGCCAUCUUGUCUUUCAACUUCUCCGCGCAAUCGUUGCCCAGGGUUUCGAUAUCUGUGCUCGAGAUAUCUACGGGCGAAGUUGCUUUCACAUCCUACACAUAGCAGAGCUACCCCUGGACCGCAGUGAAAUCCGGAGGCUCAUCGCACGCGACGCUUUUGGUGUCAGGCAUACAAUCCAGCAUUGGCUGGUUGACAUCGAAACCCAAUCGGUGGACAGAAGUGGGACUUCAUCCGAGGCAAUGCUCAGCUUUGAUCCUGCAAUCAUGGCAGAGGCCCAGUUGCUAGAACAUAUCAGGCUGGCUGUGGACGAUCCAUUUUUGGAAUUUAAAAACGGGGGCAAUGGUCUUCAUUCCGUGGCCAUGGCGACUUUGAGCCCCGGCAGCCUGGUUCGGAAAUACGGUCUUGACCUGCCCGAGGAGGAAUGGCCAGACCGGAGACGACGAAUAGGGCAGCAUGCCGGCUCUGGCGGUACAGACCUAAGGUUUCGCCACUCCCUUGCGCAAAGCCUCCUUGACGCGGGCCUCGACCCUAACCAUUAUGACCUGAACGGCAACACGCCGCUUAUGCUGUUUGCUGCAAAUCUACCCGAGGACGAAGAUUAUGAGACGGGCCCCAAAAUCCUGGACAAGCUUGUCCAGCGUGGCGCGAAGGUUGACGCAAGAAAUCGGUCGGGCGAGACAGCUCUGCAUAUUGCUGUCCGCUUCGGCCGAAAGUUGGCUGUCAGGGAGUUAGUAAAGCACGGGGCCAACGUAUAUGCCAAGGAAGCUGAGGGCAGAAGCGUGCUUGAUGUGGCGGACAUCAAGAUGGUUAGCUCCGGGGGCAAUCCGCGCGACUACGCACAAUACGAGGCGUGCCGGGCGUGGCUAAGCAGCGACAAGGUGCUUGCUGUGCAAAAUCCAACUAUUAUUGACGAAUGGGGACGACGGUAA